UUUGCUUCAAUUCAGACCACAUAAUUAGGGACGUUCAAGAAACCAACGAAGCACUUUUAGUUGAUGAAAUCAUAGGGUUUCAAGAAGGCUGUUAUCAGGUUUAUCUUGGACUAUUCAAGUUUCACAACUGAACGGUUCAAUGCGGAAAACUACUGGAAAUAUUGUAGGCCAAUUCUUCGGUGGUUUAAAUUGUUAUCUAAGAAGAUGUAUGUUUGCCAUUUUAUCUGUGGGUCCUGUACCAAGUCAUAUUGCUUUCAUCAUGGAUGGGAAUCGAAGGUAUGCAAGGAAGAAAAACAUGGAAGAAGGUGAUGGCCACAAGGCUGGAUUUAAUGCUCUCACGUGCCUCCUUAGAUACUGCUAUGAAUUAGGAGUGAAGUAUGUAACUGUCUAUGCAUUCAGCAUUGAUAACUUUAAAAGGAAGUCUACAGAAGUUCAAUCCUUGAUGGAACUGAUGCGGAUAAAGAUAGAGGAGUUGCUUGAACAAGAAAGUCUCAUUAAUGAGUAUGGUGUUAGAUUACAUUUCAUUGGAGACACGAAACUACUGACAGAGCCUGUCAGGGCUACUGUGGAAAAGGCAACGAGAGUUACUGCCCACAACAACCAGAGAGUUCUUUUGAUUUGUGUAGCGUAUACUUCUCGUCACGAGAUUGUGCAUGCUGUUCAAGAAUGUUGCAAGGAAAAAUUGAAUGAAGUUCAAGCGUUAAAAGAAGAGAAAGUUGCAAAUGGUGCGUUUUCAAGAAUUGAUCAGGGCCUGAAAGGAAAUGAUUUUGAUUUGCUUUCUCAAGAUUCAUGUAAAGAAUAUCGAAAUGCAAUCAAAUCUUGUAGUACCGAAGUAGAAAGUGUUGCAAGGAAUGAUGGUUUAUUUGAGAAUAAUAUCGGUAACGACACUGAAGCUGAAACGACAUUAUACAAUGGGCUGGUUGAAUUGAGUGAAGAGAGAAAGGAUAUACAAGAUGAGGUUCCUUUUAUAAAACUGGCGGAUAUUGAAAAGAACAUGUACAUGGCAGUUGCUCCUGACCCAGACAUCUUGAUCCGAUCUUCUGGAGAAGCUCGCCUCAGUAAUUUUCUACUUUGGCAGACUACUACAUGUCCUUUAUAUGCACCAACUGCACUUUGGCCUGAAAUUGGUCUCAGACACUUGAUCUGGGCAGUAUUGAACUUUCAGAGGCACUACUUUUAUUUGGAAAAGAAAAAGAAACAGUCUUAAGUGUAUUCUUACCGGCCAAAAUACAUAAUAUGUGGCAACAGUGCUUCUUGAAAUGCUGACAGGCAUGAGGGCACUUGACACAACCUCCAGAGAGAAGAAACUGGAAGAUUGGAGUAAGCUUCGUCUCUCUUCUAAAGAAACAUAAUGGAUGGUAGGAUAGAGGGUCAAUAUUCGCGAAAGAAAGCAUUACAAUCACCACAACUUACUCUAAAAGGCCUAGUACAUGACCCUAAACAAUGUCCUUCAAUUUAAUUUCACUAGAUUUUUAAUGUUAUCCUUUUUUGUU